AUGCGUGUCUCUGCUACUAUCCUCGCCCUGGCUACCACUCUGGCCUUGGGCUCGGCCACCAAGGUUAACAUGAGCUGCAAGUUCGCGGCCGAUCACACUGGCAUGGUUCAGACACCCUACUGCUGCCGCAAUUUGCAGGCAAAUGAGAAUAACCCCAAGGUCAACGAGGCCACCGACUGCAAAGCGUUGACCCAGCCCCAGCUGUGCGAGGACAAGUCUCGACCCGCUUGCUGCUACGAGAUUGGACCCAAGAAGAUUUGCACCUCGCACGUUCUCUUCCAGGAUGCAGAGGAUGUCUAA